AUGGAAGGAAAUGCUAUGCAGAGCGGUAGAUUAUCCCCGCUGAACUUAGCUGCUCCUGUAUUAAAUGAAGGUAUUAAUAUUGGAAAAAGACUCGUACAAAAACUUAGCGCAUCGACUGUUGCAGAUGUUAUACUAAUAACAGCAUUUUUCACUCUCUACAAGCUAUAUAAAGACGUUAAAAAAAUGAAGUUCCUUCAGAAACGAGAAAGCAAUGAAAUAUUCUUCGAUGCAUUUGGAGUUCUAGGUGAUGAGACAAGUGUAGAAGAUAAGAUUCAGAACCAUCUAAGAGAGGUAGAAAAACAUAAUAACAAAGUGCAAAGAUUACAGCAAUGGUUUAAAGAUAUAGAAAGAAGAGUGAUUGAAGAAAGAAGAAAAGUAGAUAUAGCAGUAGGAAGAACUAAAAGUGAUGAUAUAAUAGAACGAGCAAAACAAACAACACAACAAAUAUCUGAAUCAGAGCAAGAAAAAGAAAUAACAUUAAGUGAAACAGAAGAAAAAGAAAUAAUGGAAAAUGGAGUCCAAAAAAUUAAAAAGGGUUUAAAUAUAAUUGAAGAACUGAUGCAAAAAUAUGAUGAUGGCACAGGGAAGAUACCGACAGACAAUAUAGGAUCAUAUCACCAGGAAGUAGAAAUACCUGAGGACAAAAUGACAGAACUUGAGGAAGGCCUCGAAUUAUUUCAAGAAGGAUUAAAAUUAAUUGAAGGGCGCGUAAAAAAAUGUGCUGGUGAAUAUGAAGUAGAUGAAAUAAAAAUAGAAAUUGAAGACCAAGAUGAAGGAAGCGAUAGUUCCUCAAUACAUAUAUAUCCCCAUAGUGCAAUUCUAAAAGAACCAUCUUUUGCAUCAAAGAAGGAUGCAUACAAAAGCAGGAUGGACCAAGUACAAAAGUGGAUAAACGAAAUAGAUGCAUCUAUAAAAUGCGAAGCAAAAAAAAUAAAGGAAGAAAUAGAUGCUGAUGCUAAUUCAACAGACCAAUGUGCACAAGAGACAUUAGAUCCAAAUGAAAAUGAAGAAAGCAUAAUAGAAGACGAAACACAAGCAAAUGAAAACGAACUGGAACAAAAUGAGAAAACAGAAAAUAAUAACGAAUUAACAGAAGAGUGGAAAACUAAUGAGUGGAAAAAAUGGAUGAAUAAUAUGGAAGAAAAAUGGGAACAUUUUACACAAUCGAUGGAACAACGUAAAAAAAAGUGGAUUCAAAAAAAAGAAGGUGAAUGGGAAGAUUGGCUCACAAACAUGCAUUAUAAUUGGGUUGCUUUUAUUAACAAAUUGGAGGGAGAUUAUAUAAAUGAUGCAGUAAAUGCAUGGACAGAAUGGGGUGAAAAAGAUUGGAGAGGAAUAAUAGAAAUGGAAUGGAAAAGACCUAUGAAAAUAAAAUGGAUAAAUUUGCUAAAAAAUAGUGAAGAAGCUUGUGAAAGAAAACUAUUUAAAUACUGGGAUGAUUGGAAAGAUAAAAACUGGAAUAAAUGGAAAAAUAAAAAUUGGAAAAAUCAAGAAUAUGAAAUGUGGAAUAAAUACGAAAACAAGGAAGAUUUAACAAACAAUGAAAAUUGGCAAAAAUGGAAAAAAAGGUUGUCAACAGAAAAAAAAGAAUGGGAAAAUUGGGUAAACCAAAAAGAAUUUUUAUUAAUGAGCACAGAAUGGACCCAGUGGGAAAAAUGGAAAGAAAACAAAUGGAAUUAUUUAAUUCAAUGGAUGAAACGAGUACAAGCAGAUUGGUUAGAAACCAAACCAUGGGAAACAUGGAAAAAGACAAGAAAUGAAAUUUACGAAUCAAGCAUAAAUAUGGAAGAUGAUGUGCAAGAAAGUGCAGAAGAAUAUAUAAUUAACAGUUAA